AUGGGGUCACGUCAUGUCCACAAGUCUGUGGCCCAUGGUCCACGUUUGGACAAAAGCGAUAAGAGACAGAAACGGGCCGCAGGGGAGAAAAAGGAGAUAAACAUUGUCAUGCGAUGCGCAGAGUUUUCACUUUCACGGCUGGAGCCUUUCUCCUGUGCCAUCCCGCACUGCAUGUUCCUAAUCUUGGAGACUCGUAGAUUUUGUCGCGAGAUGUGGGUACGGGGAUGCUCCAUCAAAUCUGGCUGGCAAGUACCGUACCUUGCUAGACCGUUGGAUCUGGCCGAGAGCCCCAUGUCGCCGUGA